GGAUCCGACCUCCACGCCAAGUUACUCCGGUUGAGCUUUCCCUCUAUCCAUGCUUCGUCCGCCGCUUGGCCACUCCCAAACCGCUUCCAAACCCUCGUCCACAACCGAGGGAGCGGAGCAACACCAUCGAUGGCGGUCUCCCUGCAAUCCACCAGCCUACGCCCUCUAGCCCUCGAUCCGAAACCUUCCCUCAGCUUAACUAGCAAGAGCUUUGUCGGGCUCAAGUCGCAGUCAUCUGGUGCUUUUGGGUAUGGGCCGCCUAAUGUCAGCGCUGGAUUUCACUGUAGGGUUCAUCAAAGCCUCUUUUUGAGGCAUCGUACAAAAAGUGGUUCACAAGGACGCAUAUUUAUGAUGCCCAUUGGUACUCCAAGAGUGCCAUACAGAACUCCAGGUGAAGGAACUUGGCAAUGGGUUGAUCUGUGGAAUGCUCUAUACCGAGAACGUGUUAUCUUUAUUGGGGAACAUAUAGAUGAAGAAUUCUGCAACCAAGUCUUGGCAACGAUGUUAUAUCUUGACAGCAUCGAGUCUUCCAAAAAGAUGUACCUCUACAUUAAUGGCCCAGGUGGAGAUCUUACUCCAAGCAUGGCUAUAUAUGACACUAUGCAAAGCUUAAAAAGUCCAGUUGCGACACACUGUAUAGGCCAUGCAUAUAACAUGGCAGGGUUUCUUCUUGCGGCUGGAGAGAAGGGUAGCCGUGUUGGUAUGCCUCUUUGUCGUGUUACCCUUCAACCACCUGCCGGAGCAGCUCGUGGCCAGGCUGAUGAUAUUCGUAAUGAAGCAAAUGAACUCCUUCGAAUUAGGGAUUACCUAUUCGGAGAAUUGGCUAAAAAGACAGGGCAACCUGUUGAAAAGAUUAACAAGGAUCUGAGUUAUGUGAAGCGCUUCAAUGCCCAAGAAGCUCUGGAGUAUGGACUCAUCGACCGAAUCCUCAGACCAGCACGUAUCAAGGCCGAUGCCCCUCGUAAAGAAACAGCACAGCAGGGUCAGGCCUAGGCUAAGUGCCUGCUGCUGCCGAUUGCUCGUUCACAUGGACAUGCAAAAACUUCUGGGAAAGGUUGGAUCCGAAAGAUCGAUUAUUAGUUCCAUUAGCUGCACCAAAUAAUUCUGAGUUACUUUACCAGACUGUGUGGAAAUUGUUUAGUGUUCUUAGUUUCAGUUUAAUUGUACCUAAUAACUAUUUCCGCAAAAGAUCCAAUACUAUAAACGUUAUUGAAAAAAUACUGUAAGUGAUAUUAUAUUACUUAUAGAUUAUUAUAUUAUCAUA